CGCGCCAGCUCCGCCCGAACCCGGAAGUGCGUCUCCCUCUGUGGGCUGAGCGGCGGCGGGGCGGCUCUGCGGAUAGCGGGUCUCCCCGUCCCUCAGCCGCGCCUGCGGUGAGCGGCCAUGGCGGCGGCUGCCGAGCUGCAAGGGAAGUACCAGAAGCUGGCUCAGGAGUAUUCCAAGCUUCGAGCUCAGAACCAUGUACUGAAAAAGGGUGUGGUGGAUGAGCAAGCAAAUUCAGCAUCACUGAAGGAACAACUGAAAAUGAAGGACCAGUCACUCAGAAAGCUGCAGCAGGAAAUGGACAGUCUGACCUUUCGAAACCAACAGCUGGCAAAGAGGGUAGAGCUGCUUCAGGAUGAACUUGUCCUAAGUGAAUCUAAAGGCAAGAAGAACAAGAAGACCGGCGAACCUGCAUCCCAGUUAAGCCAAGAACAGAAAAACGUAUUUGAUGAAGACCUUCAGAAGAAAAUAGAAGAGAACGAGCGGCUGCAUAUUCAGUUCUUUGAAGCCAAUGAGAAACACAAUCUUUUGGAAACUGAGCUGAGGAGCAAGCUGGAGGUCUUGGAGAUGGAGGCAGCGCAGCACCAAGCCGUGGUGGAUGGCCUCACUCGGAAGUACAUGGACACAAUAGAGAAAUUGCAAAGCGAUAAAGCCAAGUUAGAAAUCAAAUCUCAAACACUAGAGAGAGAGGCUAAGGACUGCAGGGUUCGAACAGAAGAAUGCCAGCAGCAGUUAAAGCACCUUCAUGCGGACUUGAGCAGCAGAUUGGGGGAGUCCUUGAACAUCAUCAGUGAAAAAGUUCCUUUCAAUGAUACCAGGUCUAGCCAGUAUAAUGCUUUGAAUGUGCCAUUACACAGUAGAAGGCGGCAGUUGAAGCUGCGUGACCUUGCUGGCCAAGCGCUGGCCUUUGUGCAAGACCUGGUGACGGCCCUUCUGAAUUUCCAUACCUACACGGAACAGCGAGUCCAGAUUUUCCCUGUUGAUUCUGCCACAGAUACAAUAUCGCCAUUAAAUCAGAAGUUUUCACAGUACCUUCAUGAAAACGCAUCCUACAUUCGCCCCCUGGAAGAAGGAAUGCUACACUUGUUUGAGAGCAUCACUGAGGACACUGUCACAGUUCUGGUAAUAUGGUUGUCUUUGUUGUCACAUUCCGUGUCUGAGACAGGUUGCUACUAAAUACCUGAGAGACAUUUUCUUCUUUUCUCUUCAAAG